AUGCAGAAAUCAACGUCGUCGGGGUCCAUUUUAAAUAAUGACUCUAGAUCUCCACCAAGGUUGAUCACCAGCAGUAAUAGAACUAUCUAUACAGCUGGUCGUCCACCUUGGUAUAACGCUGCUGGACAAUUUGAACAAGCUUUCGUAAUAGGUUUAUGUGGAGGCAGUGCAUCUGGGAAAACUUCUCUGGCAAGAAAGAUUAUAGAAUCACUAAAUGUGCCUUGGGUGACAAUGCUUUCAAUGGAUGCUUUCUACAAGGUCUUAUCAGAAGAAAAGCAUCUUUUAGCAAAUCAAAAUGAAUACAACUUCGAUUGUCCAGAUGCAAUCGAUUACGAUGUUGCUGUAUCUACCUUAAGAAAAUUAAAGGAAGGAAAGCAAGUUGAGAUUCCAGUAUAUGACUUUACAACACAUACGCGACUCGAAGAAACGAAAACUGUUUAUGGUGCCAAUGUGAUUAUUUUUGAAGGAAUUGUAUCGUUUUGUAACAAAGAAUUAUUAGAAUUGAUGGAUAUGAAGAUAUUCGUAGAUGCUGAUUCCGAUAUAAGACUAGCAAGAAGGUUAAGGCGUGAUAUCUAUGAAAGAGGGAGAGAUUUGGAAGGAAUCCUUAAGCAGUAUCAUAAAUCUGUUAAGCCGUCUUAUGAAGAGUAUAUUGCUCCAUCGCGAAAGUUUGCGGAUAUUGUUGUCCCUCGUGGCUCAGAAAAUGACGUAGCUAUAGAUCUUAUAGUCCAUCAUGUUAACAAACAGUUAGCAAAGGUAUGGAGGGAAAUCUGUUGGGCUGAAUUAAAAUGUGCACACCGUGGUCAGCCAUUACCAAGUAGUUUAUACAUUGUGGAAAAAUCCCCUCAAGUAACAGGCAUUCAUACAAAAAUUAGGUCGAAGGAAACAAAUCGGGACGACUUUAUUUUCUACUCUAAGAGGCUAAUGAGACUUUUAUUUGAGUACACAUUAUCUCUGUUACCAUUUGAUAAUAUUACUGUACAGACUCCCUAUGGUACUCCGUAUGUAGGGAAAAGAUUUAAUGGUAGCAUAUGUGGUGUUUCUAUCUUACGUGCUGGGGAAACCAUGGAAGCAGCUUUAUGUUCAAUCUGUAAGGACGUUCGUGUUGGUAAGAUUUUAAUUCAAACCAAUGAAGAAACUGAUGAGCCGGAGUUGCACUAUUUACAACUUCCAAAGAAUAUUGAUAGGGAUUAUGUUAUUUUAAUGGAUGCAACCUUGGCUACUGGAGCGGCAGCUCUUAUGGCCAUUAGAGUUUUAUUGGAUCAUGAAGUACAAGAAGAAAAGAUAUUCUUUGUAUCCAUGAUUGCUGCAGAAUCCGGCACUCAUACUAUUGCCUACGCAUUUCCGAAAGUGAAGAUCGUUACGACCGCUGUCGAUCCUGAAUUAAACGAUUAUUUUCAUAUUCUGCCUGGGAUAGGGAACUUUGGUGACAGAUUCUUUGGUACUUAA